AUGUUAAAGGAACAUAUUCCUUUACAAUAUUUGAUAGGAGGAGCAUUUGGAGGUUUAUGUGUUGUAGUUGUUGGCCAUCCGUUCGAUACUAUUAAAGUUCAAUUACAAAUGGCACAAAAUACGGAUAAAAAUAUAUACCAUCUAGUUAGGAAUCUCAUUAGAAGAGAAGGACCUUUUGGUUUAUACAAGGGUAUAUCAGCACCUUUGAUAACCGUCAUUCCAAUAUCGGCUAUCGGCUUCUUUUCUUUUGGUGCUGGCAAAUUACUUGUUAGUAAACCAGGUCAAACAAAAUUCACGGAUAUACAAUUAUUAUUCGCAGGAAUGCUCAGUGGAGCAUGCACGACCAUCAUAGCAGCACCUGGCGAACAUUUAAAACAACAGAUAUUUGGCUCACAACACAUCAAUAGCCGGUCUAGUGUUGAAUCGAUCGUGAUGCAGAUAACGUGGCAACCUCUACUGGCUGGUGGUAUGGCAGGAGUAAUGACUUGGCUCAUCAGUUUGCCUGCUGAUGCAAUAAAGACACGAUUACAAGUUUCACCAAUAAAAACAUAUCCUCGUGGUAUCAGAUCUGUUUUUCCUAUUAUAAUGAAAGAAGGAGGAUUUCUGGCACUUUAUAGAGGAGUGACAACAGUCAUGGUACGGGCAUUUAUAGCAAAUGCUGCUGGCUUCUAUGGUUUUGAGUUCGCCUUUAAUAUUAUGGAUAAAUUGCAUAAAAAAAAAAAAGAAAAAGAAAGCAAAUGA